GAGUAUUUUUCUAUCUAAUCAACUCAGUUGAUAGUUAUACAGACACCGAAGAAGAACAACUUGUGAUCAAUCUUCCAUUUCAACUGGAAAAAGUGAUUAAUGUCACUAUCAUGUUUGUUAACAAUGAGGUUGAUGUUUUAGGAUUUGGUCUCAUUACUAGGUAGUUAUAAACAUGGUACUUGAAUGAAACAUUAUCUCAAAUUUCUCUUAUCCUAGAAACAAUCUUGUAUCAAUCAAACAUUACCUUAAUUUAGAGACAUGGUGAACGAUCAUCUAGAGUUUGUGUUUGUUCCAUUGGGAUUAUUGGUGUUCUUUUUGUACCAUGCUUGGCUUCUCUUCACCAUUAUCCGUGAACCUCAUCGAACUGUCAUUGGCUUAAACGCAGAAUCUCGACUUCAAUGGACUCAGGCCAUGAUGAGUGAUCCCGGCAAGAAUGGUGUUUUGGCGAUUCAAACUCUCCGCAACAAUAUCAUGUCAUCGACUCUUCUUGCUACAACAGCGAUCACGUUAAGUUCACUGAUCGGUAUUUUUACUAGCAAUGGGUGGAAUUCUGAUGACACGUCUUCUAUAUUUCACAGCACUGCUGCAGUUAAACGUAUUUCGAUUACUGUUUGUUUCCUUGUUGCAUUUUUAUGCAAUAUUCAGUCUAUUAGAUGCUACUGUCAUGUUAGUUUUUUAAUCAACGCGCCUACACUUAGAGAUAAAAAAGCUUAUAUGGAAUAUAUUGGUAAGACGUUGAACCGGGGGAGUCAUUCGUGGUCACUCGGAUUGCGAGCGUUUUACUUGUCGUUUACUUUCUUCCUCUGGAUUUAUGGACCUAUACCAAUGUUUGCUUGUUGCUGCUUGACAUCAUUCUGUUUGUACUUUUUGGAUACAACGGCUAGAAUCACAAGGGAUCUUCACAGUAAUUCGUUCACCAAGGAGGAUAGCGAUGUAGAAUCUGCAUUGGAGCCUGAUUAUCAUCCUUUAGCCGGUGAUGAUGUAGCUCAAAAUGCAGCUGUAGAUAAUGUGUAAUUGUUGUAUAUUCGUACCGGUUACCACAAUUUGUGUGAUCUUUUUGUGUAUGAUUGUGUUAAUAUGUAUGAGCAUGUGCCUUUUCUGUUGGAAGGAUUCAUGAGAGUAGAGUUCUAAGUAGUGAAUUUUGGUUUCUUGUUAAUGGUGGGAGAGUUGAUUUGUGUGAUAAAUAUGUAUCAUUCAUUGAUUGAUUUGUGUAAUAUUGUUUAUUUCUUUUGUGUAUAUCUCUUAUCUAA